AUGUUUGCCGUGGGCCCGCGCCACGGUGCGCUGCUACAGCCCGAGCUGGAGGACUGGGUCCUGCUUGAGUCGUCGUACAUGGCACACUGGAGCAACAAGCGGCACCGGACCAACGGCGACCCGCGGCAGCGGCGCGCGGAGGAUAUUCCCGAUUGGCGCAUGCGCGAGCGCUUGCGCACCGUCACAGCAGCCCUCGUGAUGUGUCUGAACAUUGGCGUCGACCCCCCUGAUGUGUCGAAAACGAAUCCAUGCUCCAAGCUCAUCUGCUGGAUGGACCCCGAGUCGCUGGACGCGUCCAAGGCGCUGCCCGCGAUUGGGCGCAACCUGCAGGUGCAGUUCGAGACGCUGAGCAUGAAGACGCGGUACAAGCAGUACCUCGACCCGAUCGUCGAGGAGACCAAGCGUUUCUGCACGAAUCUGCGGCGGAAUGCCAAGGACGAGCGCGUGCUGUUCUACUACAAUGGAUACGGCGUGCCGAAGCCGACGCCCGGCGGCGAGAUUUGGGUGUUUAAUAAGGCGUAUACGCAGUACAUUCCGCUGACGCUGUACGACCUGCAGUCGUGGCUCGGCAGCCCGUGUAUCUACGUGUGGGACACGAGCGCCUCGGGGCACAUUGUGAACCACUUCCGACGCAUGUCCGAGAUGUGCGCCGAGGAGGAGAUCAAGAUCGCGCUCGCCGAGGGCCGCGAGCCGCCGCCGAUGCCGAACGCCGAUGGCAUCACGGUCGAUGCUUCGGGCGAGCAGCACUUUUCGCUGCGUGAAUCGAUCCACCUCGCGGCGUGCGGCGCCGACGAGGUGCUGCCGAUGAACCCGGACCUGCCAGCGGACCUGUUCACCUGCUGCCUCACGUCACCGAUCGAAAUCUCGCUGCGCUGGUUCGUGCUGCAGAAUCCGCUGCCGAGUCGACUGAAUGUCGACAUGGUGAUGAACAUUCCCGGGCGCCUGCAGGACCGCCGCACGCCACUGGGCGAGCUGAACUGGAUCCUCACCGCAGUGACUGAUACCAUUGCGUGGACGGUGCUGCCGCGCGCGCUGUUCCGGCGCUUUUUCCGCGAUGACCUCAUGGUCGCAGCCCUCCUGCGCAACUACCUGCUGGCCGAGCGCAUCAUGCGCUUCUACCACUGCACGCCCGUGAGCCAUCCCCGUCUCCCGCCGACGCACAACCACCCGCUGUGGGACAGCUGGGACCUGGCCGUCGACCAGUGCCUGGCGCAGCUGCCGACGCUCCUGGCCAAGGAGCAGGCGCGCUUCGACGCCGAGAACGGCGGGCCGCCCAUGCCGCCGCACCUCGCUGCGUUCGAGUACCGCCACUCGUCGUUUUUCAGCGAGCAGCUGAAAGCGUUCGAGGUGUGGCUCUCGCAGGGCGAUGUGAGCCGCCGGCCGCCCCGUCGCCAUGUGCGCCGCCACCCCGUCGUGCGCCUGAGCGACGAUGCACCCGCCGACACGCACGAGCUCAGCGAGCUGGACGACGAGGACGAGAAGCCGAUGGAGCACGACCCGCCGUCGCAGCUGCCCAUCGUGCUGCAGGUGCUGCUCUCGCAGGUGCACCGCCUGCGCGCGCUGAUCCUCCUCAGCCAGUUCCUCGACCUCGGCCCGUGGGCGGUCAAUUUGGCGCUGAGCAUUGGCAUCUUCCCCUACGUGCUCAAGCUGCUGCAGAGCCCCGCCGCGGACCUGAAGCCGGUGCUCAUCUACAUCUGGGCGCGCAUACUCGCGGUCGACCACAGCUGCCAGGUCGACCUGCUGCGCGACAAUGGGUACAUGUACUUUGCGAGCGUGCUCAACCCCUUCCACGCGCCAGGCACCACGGCGUGGGCCGGCCAGGCGAACGGCCUGUCGCUCCCCAACGUGAGCGAGCACCGCGCGAUGUGUGCCUUUAUUCUUGCCGUGUUCUGCCAGGACUUUCCGCUUGGGCAGGAGGCAUGCCUCGGCACGGACAUCAUGGACAUUAGCCUCGAGCAUCUGGAGGACGACGACUUCCUGCUGCGCCAGUGGUCCGCGCUGUGCCUCGCGCAGCUGUGGGACCAGAGCUCCGUCGGCAAAGCGCGGGCGCUCGCACGCGAUGCGCACGGCAAGCUGUGCUGCCUGCUGAGCGACGCGUCGCCCGAGGUCCGCGCGGCGGUGCUGUAUGCGCUCGGUGUCCUGCUCGGCACGGACGGCGGUGCGCUGGACGUGUCCGAGGGCGGCGAUGCGCGGCGCGAGCGCGAGCGCGUGCGCAGCACGCCGCGCAGCCGGUGCGUCGGCACGGGCGGGCAGACGGGCCUCACGCCCGAGCGGCAGCGCAGCAUCGAGGUGGGCAUCGCGGUGGCCGUGCUCUCGAGCGUGUGCGACUGCAGUCCGCUCGUACGCAAGGAGCUUGUGGUGACGCUCAGUGCGCUCGUGCACCUCUACCACAGCUUCUUUGUGCUGGCUGCCUACCUGUACUUUUCGCGCGACUCCAACGCGCGCGACGGCGUCGUGCUGCCGCGCGUGAGUUCGGACGUGGACGAGCGUGUGCGCCUCGAGGAGGAGCUCAUCGCCGCCGUCUUCACAGGCGUCGCGGAGCGUGGCGAGCCAUUCGCCACGAGCGACGUGGCGAAUGUGCCGGCGUUCGUGUCGCUGUUCGUGGCGCUCCUGGACCUCAGCAUGGAUGCGCACCCCGAAGUGGCGAACCUUGCGUGCACGGUCGUGGACCAUGUGGUCGCGCGCCUGCUCGAUCAGGGCCUGCUGCGCGCGCGCGGCUCCGCGUUCGAGCACGUCCCGCUGGACGAGCUCGCGACGGCGCACGCGGUGCCUACUGCGCUCGCGCGCCCGCCCCGGACGCCUAGCCGGGCGAACAGUGCUGGCGAGAUGUCCGUGCGUCGCCACGCGCUGGCGCGCACGAUGCGCGCAUUCUCGACGCUCAGUGUGUCGGCGAUCGCGGCUCCGGAGCCGGCGCCAGCAGCGGAGCGUGUGCCUGUGGCCGCCCCGCGCACGCCGACGCACGAUCCGGCCGCGACGUACGAGCCGCCGUUCCUCGCACCCGCACCGCCCGAGCGGCGAAGCGCGAGUGUCGACGCCCUGGCGGCGUAUGCGCCGAUGCGGCGGAACGAGGCGUCACUUGCGCAGCGCCUGGCGCAGGGCAUCGCGGCCGACUUGCGCGUGCUGCGGCUGCGUGGCGAGGGCGACGAGCCGCCCGUGGCGACCAUGCACGAGACCCUGCCGCUCAAGAGCCGGCUCUUUGCGUGGUGCGCCGAGUACUAUACCGAGCCGCAGAUGAAAGCGCGCGAGGCCGACGAGCCGGGCAGUCGGUCGCACAACCGCCAGGCGUGGCGGCGGCAGCAGUGCGAGCAGCACAUGGCCGAGGCGAUGGAGCCGGUCGACGCUGCGUCGCUGCGCACGGUGCAGCGCGUCGGGACGCUGGCGCUGCCGGGCGCGCCGACGCAGCUGCUCCUCCACGAAUACGACCCGCACCUGGUCACAGCGAGCGAUGGCGACCUUGUGAGCGUGUUUGACUGGCGGGAGGCGCGGCUCGUCUCGUCGUUCCACAACGGCAACCGCGCGGGCUCGGACAUCACGGCGCUGACCUUUGUCAACGAGGAAGUCGACGCGCUGCUGCUCGCGGGGUCGGCCGACGGCGACGUGCGUCUGUACCGCCACUACGACCGCGCGUCCACCGCGCGGCACGGCCCCGAGCUGGUGAGUGCGUUCCGUGCGCUGCCCGACCUGCUGCGCAGCAAGUACCCCAGUGGCCUGCACGUGGCGUGGCAGCAGGUGAGCGGCCGCCUGCUCGUCGGUGGCGACACGCGCCUUGUGCGCCUGUGGGAUGCGCACCGCGAGCUCUGCAUUGCCGAUGUGCCGACGCGGGUGAACAGCUGCGCGACGGCGCUGACGUGCGACCGCGACAUUGGGCACCUCUAUAUGGCCGCGUUUGGCGACGGCUCGAUUGGCGUGUACGACCAGCGGAACCCGCCGUCGUCGAGUCUCGUGCGCCUGUGGGAGGAGCAUGCCGCCUGGGUGCAUGAGCUGCAUCUCCAGAGGCACGGCGCGCGCGAGCUCGUCUCGGCCAGCGUCGACGGCGAGGUGCGCGUGUGGGACAUCCGCGCGGGGUCGUCGGUGCUGCAGAGCACCGUGCCCUCGGACCACGGCGCACUAUCGGGCCUGUCCGUGCAUGAUCGCCUGCCGGUAUGUGCGCUGACGAGCGCGCCGGUAGCGACGGGCCCCACGGUCUCGCACGCGGCGUGGCUGUGCGACCUGCGCGACCUGCGGCCGAUCGGCACGCCCUAUGUGCGGACACUGCACCCUCCAGCGCCCCUCGCGCCGCGGCGCACGCGCGAGUGGUGGACCGUGCCGCCGAGCCAGUACGCCCGGAGCACGAGCCGCGUCGCGUUCCACCCCCACGACGCGCUCCUCGCGGUCAGCGGACCCGACACGGGCGUGGAGCUACUGCACUAUCAGUGA